CUCCCUCCGGCAGGCGCUCUGCUCUAAAACAAGUGGACCGUGAAGCUGUUCGGGAUGCGAUGAGAGAGCUGCAGGUCGGAGAAGCUCCAGGAGGACUCGUGAAUAAAGCAGUUGGAUGAUGGACGCUCCCUCAGCUCUUGGGAUCUUUGUGGACCAGGCUGUCAACCCGGCCGAAGCGGAACGCGUGAACCUUGAUGAUUUCCCUUCAGAUGACCAUCUCCUGAACUUGAAAGCGCUGACGGAGAAACUGAGACUGGAAACGAGGAGGCCUUCUUACCUGGAGUGGAAAGCCCGGCUCGAGGCGGAAAGCUUCAGAGGAUCGAGGAGCGGAGAAACCCCGACGCAAGCGGAGCGCGAGGGGGACGCGGUGAGCGGCACAGAGGCCGUGCUGAAGUCUCAGGUGAUUCAAUGCAAGCUGCCAUCGAGCGUCCUGAAGGGAUUUGAGAACAUUGAUGAAGCUCUCAGUUGGCUGAGGAGAGAACUGACUGACAUGCGCCUGCAGGACCAGCAGCUGGCGAGGCAGCUCAUGCGGCUGCGCGGCGACAUUAACCAGCUGAAGAUCGAGCAGACCUGCCACCUGCACCGCCGGAUGCUCAACGACGCCACCUUCGGCCUGGAGGAGCGGGACGAGCUGUCGGACCUGCUGUGCGAGUGUCCGGUCACGCCGGGCCUCGGGCUCUCGGCCCCGCUGAGGCUCAUCGGCGUCACCAAGAUGAACCUCAACUCCAGGCGCUUCUCGCUCUGCUAGCGGCAGCUCUGCUAGCGGCAGCUCAGGGCGGCAGCUCUGCUAGCGGCAGCUCUCCUAGCGGCAGCUCUGCUAGCGGCAGCUCUCCUAGCGGCAGCUCUGCUAGCGGCAGCUCUGCUAGCGGCAGCUCUCCUAGCGGCAGCUCUGCUAGCGGCAGCUCUGCUAGCGGCAGCUCAGGGCGGCAGCUCUGCUAGCGGCAGCUCUCCUAGCGGCAGCUCUGCUAGCGGCAGCUCUGCUAGCGGCAGCUCUGCUAGCGGCAGCUCAGGGCGGCUCUUUGCGGAAUCCUGUCGACCACGAUGUCGUGAGGCAAACCUCGAUGUAAUGUCUGUUUUCAUGCAGCCACUAUAAUCAAAUAGAGGGAUUUAGAUCAUGUGUAUUAUUUAGAAAGAGUGCAGUAGGUACAUGCUGUGUGUAGUGUAUUUUUCUUCCACACUGUAUGUGGCUUUGGCAGCUAUGAACGGAAACCUGAAAACCACAGCACAUUUCAGGCCAUCGUAACUACAUGACACAAUCUGAGCUGAUUCUUGUGCACUUUUUAAAACCUUAUCACUUCAUGCAUUGAGCGGAGAUUUAUCAAGCACACAGCCAAUGUUAAAACAUAUUCUUGGUAGGAUGUUUUUUGUGUUUCCUCGUUCUGCAACAUAAUCUAAAUGUUUUGUGCUUUUUAAAAAGAUGCCUUUAUAUUGAUACAGAUAGUCUACUAUACUAUACCCAGUGCAUAUUUUAGUUAGCGAGUAGCUGCGUCGAUUUAGAAAACCUAGUUUGUAUGAUGAAAAUGAUUUAUUCUUAGUAACUUGUUACAAUGCACUAGAUGGUGAUGGUUUUUUUUAGUCAUUUGCAGAAGUAUGUCCUUUUUGAAAAAUACUUUUGUUUUUAGCUUUGCCCUUUCUAUGCCCAAAUUGUUGAGUGUUUUUUUAGGCAUUUUUUCUCUGAAAUAAAAACAUGGUUUAGUUUAUUGAUAAACAUCCAAUUAUGUUGUCCUCUGCUCUCGUUCCAAAUUACACGAAUAUGUGGAUCUUGUUAUGAACUGUCGGUUAUGAUUACAUUACAUGUCAUUUAGCUGAUGCUUUUAUCCAAAGCAACUUGCAUUGCAUUUUAACCCACGGCUUACAUUUUGCCUGGGGAGUAAUUAGGGGUUAGGUGUCGUGCUCAGGGACACAUGGAGCAGCCGGGAUUCAAACCGCCAACUUUGCAGCUCCCAGCGACUCACUGCACCAUUGCCCUUGAUGAGAGGCAAGCUGCCCUUACUCUUUUUCUUUGUGGGGGUUUACAUUUAAAAUGUGGGAAUAUCAAAGUGAGUAUGGUCCCAAUCCACGGACCAUGCAACAGAGGUGGUAUUGCCUUUCAUGACAACCACUGUAAUGACCAGUUUAAUAUCCAAUUGAUUACAUACAUGUACUGGAAAUUUGUAUGCUUUGCUUUUUCCAGCCUCUUUUUUGCUUUGCUUUGCUUUUUCUGGCACAACAAAGCACUUUCACGUUAAUUUUUACUUUUUAUCGGAAGACUUAAGUCAACGAAUUAAAGCGUAAUCCAAGAAAGUUGGUUAGAGAAACUGAUCUUUCUGCUUGUUUCGAUUCCAGGUCCACCCAGCAGCGGUCAUUGAGGUCUAAUUUAAUGCAUCAGCAUCUCUUUUGCAUGACAAAAUGACUUGACUGGCAUAAAAUCAGGAACCUGAACCUCCGCCGCUGUAACAUGAAUGCUACAAACUAACAGAAGCCACACGUAAGGGAUGCAAUAGUUGAUUAUAUCCUCUGCAUUAAGUCUAAAAUGAAAUGAUUGAAUAUACUGCAGUAAGAUGUCUUGAGCCUUUGUGUACGAGUGUCUCUGUACAUUCCUUCACAGCUGGGAUUUACAGUAAGGAUGAGACCAGAGCACUAAAUAUAACAAGAUA